UUUCAAGAGCUAGCUAGCAUCACCAUGACGACGACACGUUGGAAGGGCGAGAUAGCCAGCCGUGAUAGCCAGCCAGCCGUGUGUUGCUUGCAAUUGCUACAAGGCCUCCAAACAAGUCGACAUGAAAGCAGUGAGGGUAACACCAGCGACUUCAAAUGACACAGGUCCUGACGGCAGAACAAUGCCUUCCGGCCGGACGGAACCCAUGAAGGACUCGGCGGGACGCCAUCUUGUCGCUUGACAGCAGCAUGCCCACGGUCGAGACGGAAGACGACUCGGAGGCUCCCGAGUUGGACGGCGGCACCGCCGCCACCCCGUCGACUACCGCUUCGUCCGCUCGCUCGGCUAAAACCACUCGGACGGUCGGGACGAUGACCGACGGCGGCCGGACGCCGCACUUUGCGCGGGUCAAAAGCGAGCGCACGUCGACAACGGAGAGUGAGAGCGAGGAGGCUCGAGUGGCCCGUCGCCGGGAACGCUGGAGGCUGAAAAAGCGAGAGCAGCGGGCCAAGAUGGCGGCGAGGCUCAGCGAAACCCAGGAGAAGGUCACGCCGGUGAUAACCGCGUCCGCUCACUUCCUUUUUCCUCACGCCGACCGAGGUGGGCGAGCCCAAACGCAGACCUUGCGCAAGUCCACACAAAUAGCCAAGGAACGGCCUCCGAACGGCGCGCCGCCGUCAAGCCUCCCUCGGCGGAGAUCCUCGCAAGCGCAAAGACGGCGGAAAGUCAAAUGCCUGUCCGUGCCUUCGCCGCCGCUGACAAGGAGGAGCAUCCCUCCGACGGACGCUGCCGGUGACGCUCUGGAGCAGAGCGUCGCCAAACAGAGAGCGUACUGGCGGAUUAAAAAGCGGGAGCAGCGGGCCAAGAUGUCGAUGGAGGCCAAGGUCCGGCUCAAGGAGAAGGACUCCCUGAUGCGGCGAGUCCGACGUUACCGCAACAUUGUGAAGGAGUUGAGGCGGGCCCGGGCGUGGGUCCCACGCCCGGGGACCAUCGGCAGCUUCAUUAAAGAAGACGGCGCGCUGUCCGCGGCGGGCAUUCCCCGGACCACGCCGUCCCUCGGCGGCAUGGCCGGGAAAGACGGCCGCGCGGUCCCCGCCGGAGCGCCCGCCCGAAGCUCAGAGCCACCGCCGCCCCGGUCUUGCAGUCACCUCACGCGUCCUCAGAGCCAGCGCAAGGCCGUCUUUCCGGCCGCACGGGUCGCUCGGCCCGCCUGCGUCAGGAAGAUGCUCCUUUCGGAUCAAUCGCUGAGCGAAGCCGAGCGCUUGGCGAAGAAACGAGAGUACUGGAGGGUGACGAAGCGGCAGCAGCGGGCGGCCCGCCUGAGGCGAGAGGGGGCUCGGCUCGGCCCGCCGCUCCAAAGGAAGCAGGGCCCGAGGCCGGUGUCGGAAGCGCCCGUGUUGAACGCCGUCAAACGGGAGCCCGACCUUAGUCCCGCCUCGGAACGAGGCGUCGCUCCAGAUGUCAAGCCUCCGCUUCUGGAGCCCGAGCCUGACCCGGCUUCGCCCGCCGACUGCCCGGCGGCGACCACUCUGCUGGCGGUGGCUUCCAUGAAGAAGCUUCUGGAGGAGUCUCUGAGCACGGCGAAUGAGGUCCGAGACCAAGAGCCCGGCGUUGGCGCCAAGGUGAAAGCGGAACCCGAGCGCUCGGAGCCCGACAUGACGGAGGUCGCUCUGGUUGUGCGAGCUCGGUACCCCGAUGGCAUCCCCCUGCCUUGCCCGAGUGCAGACGGGAGCCUGCAGAAGAAGCGCGAGUACUGGAAGCUGAUGAAGAGGCAGCAGAGGGCCCGGCAGAAGGAGAGCCAGCGCAAGGUCGGCGCUGGUCGUGGCCGUGGUGCUGGCUUAGGGAGCAAGCAGGCCGCGGCUCUGGCCCCGAUAAACGUCGCAAAGACGCCAGCGAGGGUUUCCGCCGCGCUGCUCCGAGCGCCCGGCAACGGACGCCCCGCAGCAGAGCCGGACCCCGCUCUCCCCACUCUGAGAGCCCCGCAAAACCCGCUUUCCGGCCUCACCCUGCUGCUCCCCGUCCGGCCUCCCGCUCCUCUGAAACGCUUGUGGCCGCCCGGCGCGGGCCCUCCCAAGCGCCGCCCGGAGGAGUCCGAGGAGGACUUUGUGAAGCGCAAGCGCGAGUACUGGAGGAUCAAGAAGAAGGAGCAGAGAGCCAGGAAGUGUGUGGCUGACAAGGGCGUCGCCCGCGGGAGGACCUGCACGCCGCCCGCUCGCAAGCUCCAGGGUUUUUGUCAGCGUGCCAUGCCCGACAAGCCUUUGAGUGACGCGGAAGGACAUCUCGUCAGCAAUUGGGCGGACACCGGCACUUGCUCUCACGCCGCCGCCGCACCGCCGCAAGGUGAGCUGCUCGGGACGGCCGAGCGCCCCCCCGGCGAGGAAGGUCCCGUGUCGGAGGCCACGUGGAGGAACACCUACCUGAUGGACUACGAGCCGCUGGACCGGCUGCUGGUGUGCGUGGCGUGCGGUGAGCUGCAGCACUCUGACAGCCUGGAGGGCGUGCUGGCGCACAUCCAGGAGGCCCACCCGCACACGCGGGCCCUGGAGCCCGCACAGCGCCGCCGCAUCCUGGAGGCCUGGGACGAGCAGGUGUCCCGGCGCGAGCGCUUCUUCACCAGCCAGCUCCAGCGGCGCCACGCGGCCCUGGCAGAGACUCACAGGAACUGAAGUGUGGGAUAAAAGCAACUUCUCCAAAAGACAUCUUCAGGUAUUCAUGUCCGUUGAUCCCGCCAAGCCACGGGCAAAGUCGCUCGGAGCCAAUGUGAUUUUGUAGCCAAAGGAGAGCGUGAGCGAGCGAGCGAGCGAGCGAGGGGAGAGAGAGAGAGAGAUUGGCCCUUUCAAUUCAGGAGCAUGGUGACAGCACAAAGUUUUCUUCCUCCGGUCAGCAUCUGGCAGGCCAGAAAGCAUUUGCGUUGCGGCCAACCGACGUGGACGUGUGCACACCAGCCCACCGCAAGCUUUUCAAUGGAUUUGGCACGUGCUAACUGAUGCCUUUUGUUCUGCAAUUAAAUGGUCUUUUUUGUCA